GCCAAUGCCGAUGCUAUCAAGGCGGCUGGUAGUGCUAAAGGCAGGAGACAUAAUCUGACAAUGAGGCCAUCUGACGACCUGCAGAAACCAUCAGUGGAGUACACACGAGGGGCAGCUGAGGAUGACAGCAGCUCAUCCACA